GCCGGGGUCCUGUAAUGCGACUUAUCGAUGCCACGUACGACCUCUACUCUUCUCAGCUGAGGGCAAAUCUUCAGUCUGCCACUUCGAAAAUCCACAUCUCGUCUGACCUCUGGACAUCGCCUCAUCGCCAUGGAACACUGGCUGUGUCGGCGCGAUGGGUUGAUAAAGACCAUCAACUACGAAGGGCGCUUCUAGCGAUGCCGGAAUGCCGCUACAGCCAUAGUGGCGAAACGCAAGCCUCUCUCAUUAUGGACACGCUGGAGAGAUAUGGAAUUGCGUCUAACGUAGGAUAUCACGUUGGAGACAAUGCGACGUCUAACGAUUCUUGCUUAUCUUACCUAUCUCUUCGGCUUAGGCGGGACCACGGGCUGUCGUUUGAUCCCUCGAAGCGUCGGAUACGCUGUAUCGGCCAUAUUAUUAAUCUCUCCCUUCAAGCGUUCCUUCAAGCGUCGUCUAAAGAGGCGCUUAUUGCAGCUCUUAAUACCACGGAUGAUAGUACUAGCGACCAGCUAUUCGCCCGAUUCUACGACACGCUGCACGAUACUAAGGAAUCGAUGCAAACAACAGACAGAUCAACAAAGAAGGCUCUCGCGAAAUGGCAACCGUAUACUUGAGAACUUCACCGGAUGGCAGCAUAUUGCGCCACUGCGUAAGGUACAUAAUAUUGCGGUUUGGAUACGUAAAUCUACGCUUCACUCGGCUGCGUGGGAUGAUGAGAUUAAGCUCCGACUCGACAUAGAUAAUGCGACACGUUGGAACUCGUGGUAUCGAUUGCUCGAUAAUCUUCUGAGGUAUCAAGCACGAGUGAAGCAGUUUCUGGUUGACCAUGACAGGGAGCUCCAAGAUGAUAUCCUUCUAGCGUCCGAGUGGGAAUUUAUUGAACGGACGCACCGUUUCUUGCAACCGUUUGCCUCAGCCACGUUGCUUGCCGGAGGAGCAGGAUCCACGCUAUCUCAAUCGCUGUCCAUCAUGGACGUUUUAUUGCGGCAGUACGAAAAUACAAAGAACUUUAUAGUUCACAGGAAACGCUGGAUCGUCACAUGGUCCACUGUAUCGACAUGGGCUGGUUUGUGCUUAAUAAAUACUACGCUUUGUCAGACCAGACGCCAGUGUAUGCAGCGGCGCUCCUGCUUGAUCCUUCGAAGAGACAAAAAUACAUUGAACGGAAUUGGAAAGAGUCCUGGCAAGCUCCUGCCGUUAAUGCCGCUCGCGAAAUUUGGUUAGAAGAAUACAAGUCUGCGGCGAGCCCUGAUUUACAGAUUCCUACAGAUGCGCCUUCUUCUACUAGCAGACAGCGUAACGAGCUGGAUGAGCUCUUAAGUGAUAUAGCGGUGACUGGCCCGAUAGUAGGCGAUGCCGAUGACUUCGAAACAUUUAUUUGUGCUCCUCCCACCCGGAUUACCGGAACUGCGCUCGAGUGGUGGCUACAUUCAGACCAAAGGAAAGCGUACCCGCGGCUUUCUCGUAUGGCAAUAGAUAUCCUCUCCAUUCCUCCUGAAUCAUCUGACGCAGAGUCUCAUUUCUCAUCCGC